UCCCAAAUUAUAAAUCAAUUCAAAUUAUCAGAACCGGAUUCCGAUUCCGCAGGUAGUAAGUAUCACGCAAAACGCAGGAAAAAGUUUUCAAAAUUCAAUCUUUAUAACCCUGCGGCUGCUAAGGAAAAGCAUUGGCUGAUCAAAGAUUAAAAUAGCUUGAAUGGCAGAGAAACCUGAAGCAGUGCAAGUUCUAUACUGUUCUGUAUGUUCUCUUCCGCCGGAAUAUUGUGAAUUCGGUCCCCAUUUUGACAAGUGCAAACCUUGGUUGAUCAAAAACGCUCCCGAAAUAUACCCACAUCUUCUUUCAGAGACAAAUGAAAAGGAGGCUGAUGAGGUUUCCUCUCAGCUUCAAUCAGUUGGGUUAUCUUCAGGGGAAGCGUCAUCGUCUAAGGAAGAAGAAGUUAAACGUCUACCAGGUGGUAAAAUAAAGAAGAAAGAAAAGCUAGAAGUUGUAAUUGAAAAGGUUGUACGGAACAAGCGCAAAUGUAUCACCAUUGUGAAGGGGUUGGACCUAUUUGGCAUUAAACUUAGUGACGCUUCUAAAAAGCUUGGGAAAAAGUUUGCCACAGGAGCGUCAGUUGUUAAGGGGCCAACUGAGAAAGAGCAAAUUGAUGUUCAAGGAGACAUAUCAUAUGACAUUGUGGAAUUCAUUACAGAAUCCUGGCCAGUGGUGCCUAAAAAUUCUAUUUACUUCAUUGAAGAUGGUAAAAAAGUUGCAGCAGCUUGAUGUCAGAGCUUCUUGAGGGAGCUCCGCUCAACUCUUUGAAAUGAUCGCCAAUUUAUAAACUAAUCUGUAGCUUGCUGAAUGGAGCAUCUUAACUUCUCCAUUAGUCGGAUGAACGACCUUUGAAUCUACUAUAGUUAUUGCGGAAAAACCUCAUACUUGUGAUACAAAAUUUUGUAUCAGUGGAAUGUCAAAACUGUUCACUUUUUCUGGUCUGACUAGUUGAUCUAGUAGAAUCUUGCUACACUACAUAUAAAUAUAGUUCUAAUGUUUAUUUUAA